AGUAUGGGAAGGUCAGCGCUGACUCGAUCCCACGCGCAAAAAACCCCCCCAAAACGAUACAAUGUUCAGUGUGACGUCACGUCUCAUGUCGCCUGACUGUGUGAUUGACAGGUCGCUUAGACAAUAACUGUGUUUUAUCAGUUGGUUAAAAAAUGGAGCACGUGCGCAGCCGCAGGAGCCCGAAGUGCGCGCGCUGCCGCAACCACGGCUUCUCGGUGCCGCUGCGGGGUCACGCGGGCCGCUGCCGGUUCGCGCGCUGCGACUGCUGGAAGUGCGCGCUCAUCACCGAGCGCACGCGGAUCACGGCGAGGCAGCGCGAGGCAGGCGCCGCCGGAAGCGGUGUGACGGAACCGGACGGGGAGGAGGACAAGACGUACACCGAGCUCCAGCAGAACCCGGAGACCGCGGGACUGAGAGAGCAGCCCAGAGUGCCGUGGGAGUGUUUCAUGCCACACACACCCCUGAGCGCUGUUCACUUGGGCGACCUGCCCCUGGCGAUGCCCUUCCCCCUGCACGGGCACUACGGCGACGCCCUCAGAUUCGGACCUGUCACGUUCCCCCACGUUCCCCCGGCGGCACUGGUGGAACACAGACAGGUCUGA